AUGACUUUUAGAAAUAAGUUAUGUUUUUAUCUUAAUGGUACAAGUGUCGAAAUUGAUAAUCCUGACCCAGAUGCUACCUUACUUAAUUAUGUUCGGUCUAUUGGACUUACUGGAACAAAGUUAGGAUGUGGGGAGGGUGGUUGCGGCUCUUGCACUAUAAUGAUAUCUUCUUAUGAUAGAACACUUGACAAGAUUUCUCAUAUUUCUGCUAAUGCUUGUUUGACACCAUUAUGUUCUGUUGAUGGUAAACAUGUUAUUACAAUUGAAGGAAUCGGAAAUGUUAAAAAUCCUCAUCCUAUUCAGGAGCGUUUAGCUUUGUUGCAUGGUUCGCAAUGUGGAUUUUGUACACCGGGAUUUGUAAUGUCUCUCUAUAGUUUAUUACGUAAUAAUCCCAAUCCAUCUGAGGAAGAAGCUGAAGCAUGCUUUGAUGGUAAUCUUUGCAGAUGUACUGGUUAUCGCCCUAUACUGGACGCUGCAAAAACGUUUGCGAAUAAUUCGUGCGUAGAAACUGAUGGCCUAGAUGAAAACCAUGAACCUCAAGAGAAUCUAGGAUGUGGUAAAGCUGAUUGUUGUAAAUUGAAAAAUAUUGAUAAUGCCGAUACUACUUUCAACCAUAAUUUUUCACAAAUAAAUUUCAAAAAAUAUGAUUCAACUCAAGAAUUAAUCUUUCCUCCAUCGUUAAUGAAAUAUGUACCGGAACCUUUGCAUUUUAGUAGUAAUAAAACAAAAUGGUUCAGACCUGUUAAUCUGAAUCAAUUAUUAUCACUGAAAGCAGAGUAUCCAAAUGCUGUUCUAGUAUCUGGUAAUACUAGAAUUGGUAUAGAAACAAAAUUUGAGAAUAUAAAAUAUGAUGUUCGAAUUUAUGUGGGUGAUAUACCAGAAUUGAAAUCUUGGGAAUUUAAAGAGGAUGGAUUGAUUCUUGGUGCAAAUAUGACUAUUUCUCAUGUCCAAACUGUUUUAAAAGAAGCGUGCAAUUAUUACAAGCCUCAUCAAAUUCAAACAUUUGAAGCACUUUCAGAAAGUCUCAAACGACUUGCUACAAAUCAAAUCCGCAAUAUUUCCACACUAGCUGGAAACAUUAUUGCUAACUCUUCGACUUCGGAUUUAAUUCCGCUUAUCCUUUCAUCUAAAUCUAUAUUUUCACUUAGUUCUAUACAAUCUACUUCAAUAAAAAGUCGACCUAUUCCAUCUAUAUCUUUUUGGACAGGAUAUAAUCAAGAUUGUCGUGAAAGUUCUGAAAUUUUGGAAAAAAUUUAUAUACCAUGUUCUAAUCAUGGUCAAUAUGUUAGAGCUUAUAAACAAUCUAAAAGACAUUAUGGUGAUCGUGCAAUUGUUAAUGCUGGUUUGUCAAUAUCAUUGGAUCAUAAUGCUCAUGUGCAAGAAGCUUGUUUUGCUUUUGGAGGAAUGAGUGGAGCUGUUGUCAGAGCUCCAAAUUCUGAAAAUUUUAUUGUGGGUAAAAAGUGGGGUGAAGAAGAUGUAUUAAAACAAUUAAAUGAAAUAUUAUGUGAGGAAUUUCAAUUAAGCUUUUCUGUUACUGGUGGAAUGGCAACUUAUCGUAAAACAUUAGUAAUCGGAUUUAUAAAUAAGUUUUGGUAUGAAGUUAUAAAAUCUGCAAACAUAACAGCGUUGAGCCCUGAUAUAGAAACUUCUCUUGGAGAAAUCAAACGCAGUGUUUCUAAAGGUAGUCAAACUAUAGGACGGCCAGAGAAAGGCAAUAAAAUUGUUGGUAAACCAAUUUCUCACGUAUCUGGCAUGAAACAAACAACUGGUGAAGCGGUAUAUGUUGAUGACAUGCCAAGAAUCGAGGCAUUAAAUGUACCUGGUGUAAAGGGAUUUUUUUCUGCAAAGGAUGUACCUGGAAAAAAUUGCUGGGGAUUAGUUUUACCAGAUGAAGAAAUUUUCGCAUCUAAAGAAGUUUUUUUCGUUGGACAAGCAAUUGGAUUGAUAGUCGCUGAAACAAAAAAAAUUGCACAAGAAGCUAAAGAUUUAGUGAAAAUCGAGUAUGAAGAAUUACCUCAUAUUAUAACUAUUGAUGAAGCAAUUGAACAAAAUAGUUAUUAUCCAGUAACUCCUCAACUUGCACGGGGUGAUGUAGAAAAAGGGUUUCAAGAAUCCGAUUAUAUUUUCGAAGGUGAAGCAAGAUCAGGUGCUCAAGAACAUUUUUACAUGGAAACCAAUACUGUAUUGGUAAUUCCAAAAGAAGAUGAUGAAUUCGAAGUUCAUUCGAGUACCCAAAAUCCAACUUCAGUUCAAACAAGAAUUGCCGAAACACUUGGUAUUCCAGCUAAUAAAAUAGUUAGUCGAGUAAAAAGAGUAGGAGGAGGUUUUGGUGGAAAAGAAACAAAAAGUUUUAAUAUAUCAUCAGCAAUAGCAGUCGGUGCUUGGCAUCUUAGAAAGCCUGUUAGAUGUAUGUUAGAUCGUAAUGAAGAUAUUAUCAUAACAGGACAAAGGCAUCCUUUCUUAGGAAGAUGGAAAGUUGGUUUAACUAAAGAAGGAAAAAUUUUAGCUUAUGACUUGAAGUUAUACCUUAAUAGUGGAGGAACAUCAGAUAUGAGCAUAAUUAUAGCUAAUUGUGCAUUACAAGCUUCUGAUGGUUGUUAUUAUAUUCCGAACGUACAGUUUGUUGGAUAUCCUUGUAAAACCAACAUUCAUUCACACACAGCAUUUAGAGGAUUCGGAAAACCUCAAGCAGUGUUUGUUACCGAAAGCAUGAUGAUUGAUGCUGCUGAACGUAUGGGCAUUGAUGUUGAUGAAUUGAGGGAGAAGAACUUUUAUAUGGAAGGUCAAAAAACUCCUUAUAAUCAAACAGUGGAAAAUUGGUGUUUACCCUCAGUUUAUCAGCAAGUCAAAGAAUUUAGUGAAUUUGAAAAACGAAAGAAAGAAGUUGAAGAAUUUAAUUCUAAUAAUAAAUGGCGUAAAAGAGGUUUAGCACUUAUGCCAAUCAUGUUUGGGAUCGGUUUUCCUCUCCCGUUUUUGAAUCAAGCUGGAGCUUUAGUACAUAUUUACACCGAUGGAAGCGUUCUCAUAAGUCAUGGUGGAGUUGAGAUAGGACAAGGGCUUAACACAAAGAUGUUACAAAUUGCUUCUGAAGCUUUAGAUGUUCCUUUGAACACAGUUCAUUUAAUGGAAAGCGCCACAAAUAUAGUCAUUAAUGCAUCACCUACUGCUGGAAGUACUGGUAGUGACCUUAAUGGAUUUGCCGUUCAUAAUGCAUGUAAAAUUUUAGUCGAAAGGUUAAAACCAUAUCGUGAGAAAAUGCCAGAUAAAAGUUUUCAAGAGAUUGUUAGUGCAGCAUACCAUGAUAGAGUAAAUUUAUCCGCAAAUGGAUUUUAUAAAACUCCUGAUCUCGGUGAAAAUAUAUUUCCCUAUUUUACUACGGGAGCAGCAUAUACAGAAGUUGAAAUCGAUACAUUAACUGGUGACCAUACAAUUUUAAGAACAGAUUUAUGUAUGGAUAUUGGUAGAAGUUUAAAUUAUGCAAUAGACGUUGGACAAAUUGAAGGAGCUUUUAUACAAGGUAUUGGAUGGUGUACUAAUGAAGAAACCUUACAUUUUCCAAACGGGAGUUUGGAUAUACCCCAAGAUUUCAGAAUAUACACGUAUGAAGGUGCAAAAACAUCUAAAAUAAAUUCAAUUCAUAGUAGUAAAGGAAUUGGUGAGCCACCAUUACUUUUAGGAUCCAAUGUUUAUUUUGCUAUUAGAGAGGCUAUUAAAGCUGCGAGAAAAUGUAAUGAUAACAAUACUCCAGUGGCUUUUAGAAUACCCGCAACACCCGAAAAAAUUCGAAUUGCUUGUGAUGAUGAAAUUGUGAGAAAAUGUAAGACUGAGAAAAAAGAUGGCGAAGUUCCAUGGGUUAUUGAACCUUAG